AUGGGAGAUAACCAGGAAAACCCACCAGCACCAAUAGCACCAGUGCCAGAGGCUGCUCUCUAUGACUGGGCACAACCCACAGCAGAGAAUCUAUCCACAGCGAUAGUAGUCCCGCAGAUACAGAAUCAGAAGCAAGGGUAUGACCCACCUCAGCAGCAACAUGGUGUAAGGCAGGAUGAUGGGUUUGAUAGACUUGAAGCAAUGAUGCAGCAGGUUAUUGGCUCAAAUGCUAAAAUUAAUGAGAGAGUCGAUGCACAUGAUGCAGCAAUCAAAAAUAUUGAAGUACAGGUGGGACACAUUUCGAUGUCUCUGAAUAAUAAUCCUCAUGGGACACUACCUGCAGACACCCAGAUAACCCCAAAAGAUCAGGGACCGAAGCAGCUGAUGGCGGUGAGUCUACGUAAUGGCAGAGAUCUGGAUGAAGAGCAAGAAAGAGCUCGAGAAGCUAGACAGGCUGAGACACUCAUACCAAUGCCCAUCGAGCUGGAUGAAUCAACGAAACUGACAGAGGUGACAGUCCAGCCUGCUCAAGAAGAAAAUAGCUUUCAGAAUGAGAGUGAGAAAGUAGCUGGAACAGUCCAGGAGCCAGUAGUUGAGGUAGCAACUGAUAAAGAUCAGUCCCAAGUGAUUGGGAAGAAGAGACCUCCUGCACCCUUCCCCCAGAGGUUGGCUAAGUUCAAAAAGGAGGAGCAAUACAAGAAGUUCUUUGACAUGCUAAAGCAAAUCCAGGUAAACAUACCACUGAUUGAAGCUUUGAAAGAGAUGCCUGGGUAUGCAAAAAUGAUGAAGGACUUGAUGUCCCGAAAGUUUGAUUUCCAAAACUUGGCCAUAAUUACUCUUACUCAGACCUGUAGUGCAGUGCUGGCUGACAGGAUGGUGAAACGACCCUCUGGAAUCCUAGACGAUGUGCUGAUUCAGGUAGGGAAAUUUGUGUUCCCUUCAGAUUUUGUGAUCCUAGAUUGUAAGGUGGAUGAGGAGAUUCCCAUCAUUUUGGGAAGACCGUUCCUGGCCACGGGAAGAGCUCUAAUUUAUUGUGAGACCGGGGAACUCAAGAUGAGGCUGAACGAUGAAGAAAUAACAUUCAAUAUGUAA